AUGGCUUUAGUUCCAGUUUUAAAGAAAGAUGAUUAUCCUGUAAAUUUGGAACCUUCCAUGAGUGGAAAAGAAUUCAAUGCUCUUAUUUUUCCGCCUCCAGAUAUAAGAAGUAUAAUUGAUAAAACGGCAUCUUUUGUUGCACAACAUGGAGAACAAUUUGAAACUAAAAUUAAAGAAAAGGAAAGAGAAAAUAAAAAAUUUAAAUUUAUGUUUUCAAAUGAUCCUUAUCAUGUUUAUUAUAGAUUUCAAAUAGAUUCCUUUAAAAAAACUGGAACAUCUAUGAGUAUAAAUAAAUUAAAAGAAGGAAAAAUUGAAAAUGAAGCUGAAGAAACGAAGGCUAAAUUUGUUUUUACUCCUAAAGAUCCACCUAGAUCUUAUAGAUUUUCAGAUGAUCCUUGUACUCUAAAUUCAUAUGAUUUAGCAGUUAUGAAACUUGUGGCUAGAUAUACAGCAAUGCAUGGAAGGAAUUUUUCUACACAAUUAAUGAAUCGUGAAGUUAGAAAUCUUGCUUUUGACUUUCUUAAAAGUCAUCAUCCUAAUCAUCCAUAUUAUCAAAAGUUAGUUGAUCAAUAUCGUAUAGUUUUAGCAAUGCCAAAAGCUGCAAAGACUGCACUUUUAGAUGAUAUGAAAUUUGAUAAGGUUCAUGAAUCUCUUGAAUAUCGUUUACGUUAUAUUGAAUGGGAAAAUAGACAAAAGUGUGGCGUUGUUUCUGAGGAAGAAGCUGAAAAAAAAGCAUAUCAACAAAUUGAUUGGCAUUCAUUUGUCAUUGUAAAAACAUUAGAUUUUGAGAAAGAUGAUUUAAUGUCAUUACCUAAAUUCUGUAAUAAAUUAAAUCUUAGUAGUCGGGUUUCAGUUCUUAAUAAUGUUUUAUCAGAAGAAAGUGAGAAUGCUGUUGGAAAUACUCAAUAUAAUGGAUAUUUGAAUCCUAUUCCAACAGUUAAUGGUGAAAAUGGUAACGAUGAGAAUGAUGACAGUGCAAUGGAGAUUGAAGAAGAAAGUCAAGUAUUACCAGAGCUUGGAAAAGACAUUAUAAUUCGUGAAUUUGAUCAGAAGAAACAUUUAAGAAAUGUAAUCAAACAAAAUGAAGCAUUUAUUAUAUCACCAUUGACUAAUGAAAAAGUUUCUGCUGAUAAACUUCAGGAACAUGUAAGAUACAAUACAGUUACACCUCAAUUCAAGGAGCAACGUGAAAAAGAAUUAUCUAUGAGGCAUGAGGAUUCUGCAAUAGCACCUGAUUGUGAUGUAAGUGAAAAUAUUAAGGCAAUGGCAAAAAAAAGAAAAGAAAUUAUGAAUGAAGAAAUAAAAGCUAAAAAAGCUAAAGAAAAUACAGUAAAAUUAGCAGAUAUAAUUGCGAAAGAUAAAGUAACAACACAGGAACAAACAUCAUCUUAUCUUUCUAGUAUAGGUAUUAAACCAACAAUUCCUAUUCCACCAGUCAUCCAACAUCAACCUGAACCAGCGAAUUAUUUUCAACCAAUACCUCCAAUUCAGCAAACUGUUCCAUUGGCAAAUGUUGGUGGUUUUUAUUAUCCUCCUCAAGAAAAUGUUGUUGAAAGUUAUGUAGGUUUUAUGCCAAAUCCACCCGUUGUUGAUAAUUCUACAAUUAUUCCAUCAAUAAAAAAAUCAAAAAUUGAAAAUGAAUUGUUACCUGAAGAAGAGUUUAUAAAAAUUUCUCCACCAACAAUUGAAAUUUCAAUAGAAAUUCCAAAUCAAGAAGAAAAUGGUUUAAAGGGUCAAGUAUUACAUGUAUCUAUUGAUAUAAAAAAUUCUGUGGGUGAUUUGAAAGGUAAAAUAAGUAACUCUAUUAAUAUUCCAACAUCAAAAAUUAAACUUUCUCAAGAUGGAAUAUUUCUUAAAGAUGUUCAAAGUAUAGCUGCAUAUAACUUAAAAAGUGGUUCUUUUCUAAAUUUAUCACUAAAAGAACGUGGAGGAAAGAAAAAAUAA